GCGCAGCUUGCCCACAUCCACCAAAGUCUGAUUAACCCACUAAUAGAGGGCGUUUUGUAACAGCCUCCUUAAAGGGCAAGUGCCAGCCAGUCCCUACUUUUCUCAGACCCUUUCGUCUGACUUUUUUGCCUCCAGCAGCAGUUGUCAUAACAAACACUCCACUGCUAAACCUUGCAGCUUGUCUAGAGAGUCCAGCUGGCCUCAGUGGACCCAGACUAAGCAGAAAGAGGGAGAGAGGGAGGAAGAGAGAGAAGAUGCGGACCCUCAUUGUUCUUGUGUUCCUGGCUGUCCUGACGGUUACAACUUUCUGUUAUGAGUCCUACGAGAGUAUGGAAUCACAUGAAUUUGCAAGUCCUUUCAUUAACAGAAGAAAUGCGUACAACUUCAUGAGGACUCCACCCAGGAGAAAUUCGAUUGUGCAGGAAAGGAUCAGAGAGCGCAAUAAGACCCCCCAGGAACGGCAACGGGAGAUCUGCGAGGACUACAAUCCCUGUGAACGUUAUGCUCUGCGCCAUGGCUAUGCUGCUGCCUACAGGCGUUUCUUUGGGCUGAGAAGGGGCUAGUGAAACAUCAGGAAUUGCCAUGUCCAGGGCCUGGAGCCUGGGUGUAUCUACAAAGUGUGACAACCUCUGAAAUGUAUUAAGUUGCUUGUCCAUCGUAUGUUAUUCCAUCUGCUGCUUCAAUACUUCUGUAGCCAAUGAUUCCUAGAUUCUGUGUUAAUCAACACAUUGCUGAUGUAGUGGUGGUUGGACAGAGAAGGAUGUGGGUGUUUUAAGAAAUAAACAGCUGGUUUGAUACA